UAAUUUCCAGUUCGUCCUGUCCGGUCGUUAAGCGCGCGCGUCUCGCGGCGGCUAGUCGUGCCGCUGCAGAGCCGUAGACCAGACGACACAGCACGUCACGCCCGGCAACAUGAUCGCGUCGCGAAUUUUUUGCGUUCUCACCGCGGUCCUGUGGGACUCCGGGAUCUGGGCCGCGCCCACGGUCACGUACGACCAGCGCCAGCACGGUGAAUACAAUCUGCGGGUCGACCUGGACGAUGUAGCCGUGCUGCUGUUGCCCGGAAGCGAAUUGUUCGCGCAGAGGACCGCACUGACCCCCGGGCUGUUCAAGAUAUUCGGACGGCGUAACGGCGGCGGCGUCGGUGGACAUUCGAAAAAGAAGCAAAAGAACUGCAGCACGACUACCACGACGACUACCACUACCUCCACCACUACGGAGAGACCGGAAGUACCAUAUGGCGAGAUAGCACCGUCCCCCGGUAGCUCUUCCCAGGGAUACGAAGAAGUUGCCCAAGGACCCGAAGAGAUUGCACAGGGUGAUGUGCUGCCGUCGGUUUCUACCGGACCAGAGAAGACGGCCGUGUUCGCCGAGCCUGACUUGAACGACCGGCUCGUCGAGUCGGCUAAUCGGAAAACCGUGAGUACAAGCGACCUUCUUUACGUGACGCCUACAAACGUUCCCGCAGGUGACCAUGCGGUGGAAGCUGGUGAUGUGGUUGCGGUGGCCGACGACAAAUUCGCGGUCUCGGAAGCCGUAACCGGUCUGACGGAAAUGGUGAUCGUGAACACCGUGGAAAAACAUGCGGGAUCGUCGACUGCGAUUCCAGACGAUUUGGACGAGGUACAGGCCGACGUUAAGCCGAUCAAAAACGAACCGUCGGCUGUAUUGUGGUCGCCGGACGUGAAAACGGCCAGUGACGAGACUAAGAAAACCGAAGAAACGGCAACGGUCGCGGCGAAAGCCGAAGAAAUCGUGAUCUCCAGCGAGAAAUCAAACGCCGUCGAAAAGCCGGAAAAACACGCGGUACCAACGAGUACGGCAACAGGGACGGAAAACAAAUCCGCGUUGAAAUCCACGGACGUAGAGAAGUCCAUAUCGUCAGCGGACGAAAAGAGCGGCGGGGUCACGGGAGCAGACGUCGAGCCCGUCGAAAUGGUUGCCAUGAAAGCCGUGGCGAAACCGACUUCCGCGGGAACGUCCAAGGUGGUGCCAAAACUCGCAGCCGCAGACACCGCGACCAAGAGCAGUGCGACAGGGAACGUCGGCGUACCGUCAUCGGACGGUGUUGUCGUCACCGAAAUGAUCGCCAUGAAAACGAUGGAAAAACCAUCGUCCGCGGUAACCGCGGUAGACGGGUCCGAGACGGGCGCUGUACCGACAGAGAUGCAACCCCUCAGGAAGAAGCCUGCCGGUGAGCCCGACGAGACCAUCGUGUCGAGAUCGGCACCGAAACUGACCGAAAUGGUCGCGGUGAAGACGAUGGAAAAUCCAGCAACAGUGUCGACCAUGAAGAGCGUUAUCGCCGUGAAAACCGUGAUAAAACCAGGGACCCCGAACACCACUGUUCUAUCCAACGGUUCUUCGGUUAUGCGUAAGGUCGGCGACCGCAAACCACUGCCCUCGGUAUCGUUAGACGUCGCACCGCCGAUAGCAGUAUAAACGCGCGCACAUCGACUAAUAUAAACGUAUUUAAAACCGAUUUUGUGUCAUAAUAGGAUUAUGUUAACCCCUGUGCGAUUGUCGACAAGUCAUGAAAUCGUAUUUGCUCUGUCCGUUCGUUUCGGAUAAAACAAUAAUAUUAUACUUUUAUUAUAUAUAUAUAUUUAUAACUUAAAAAAUUC